AUGAAGACCCAUCUCUACCUUCUCUUGCUGGCUGCAGGCAUCUCUGCUGCUCCCCAGAUGAGCAGCAUGGCUGAAUUACUGACACUACUACAGCAAAUGUAUGAGGUGAUGACAAAGGACAUUCAGAAUCUGAGGAUUGAAACUCCCAACAAUAUAGAUGAUGUGAAUUGUAUCAGCACAAUCUUCGAAGGAACAGAACACCUGAAAAAUAAUCCAGCCAUGAAAAAAUUCAAUGCUUUUUUCCAGAAUUUUGAAAGACUGAAGCAAUGGCUCAUGCCAAACCUGGCAAAAAAGGGGAAAUGUGAUACAGAAAGAAGGAACGCAACAAUAUUUAUAACAAAGCUGAUGACAUUCAUCCGAAAACAGUUAAAACCCACAAGACUGGAGAGCUAG